AUGCACACGCAGAACAUGGGCGACUUCCUCGAGAGCGGCCUCCUGGAGCCGGCGGCGGCGCCGCUGGUGAGGCGGGAGGUGCAGAGCCUGUGCCUCGAGCUGCGCCCGGAGGCGAUCUCGCUGACGGACGCGUGGCAGUUCACGGACAAGUACCUCUCCUCCGCUCUCGGCAGAAGCGACGGGCGCGUGUACCCGGCUCUCAUGGAGGCGGCCAUGGCGGAGCCUCUCAACGCCACCGACGUUGCCCCGUCCAUCACGAGCAUCCGGGAGCUUAUCGGCGUCCGGCCUAACCCUCGCCUAUAGAGCGCCCCGAUUGCAAGUAGAGCGUGUUUUGCGUUUCGCGAAGCAAGUCUCCCUGUAGGGCGCCUCGACUGCAAGUAGAGCAUGUAUCGCCUGUAGAGUGCCUCGACAGCAUGUAGACUGUGUUAUGCGUUUCGCGAAGCGUGCAGGGCGCCUCGACUGCAAGUAGAGCGUGUUUUGCGUUUCCCGAAGCAAGUCUCGCCUGUAGGGCGCCCUCGACCUCAAGUAGAGUGUGUUUUGCGUUUCGAGAAGCAUGUGCGACGUGUCUUACGGGUCGGCCGCGCCUGACGUUUCUUGUUGGUGUUGGAUAGAACCAAAAUGGGCCUGUGUUUCGUCUCUCUUUUCAAGACGAAAUUCCGCUGUUGCGCCCUUCCUUCCGCUAUUAUCCUGUUCUCGUAUCUGCUUGAUUUUACCCCUGCAGGCCCGAGUCAUGCACGCAGCCUUUGUGCCACUUCUUUGUGCGGU